ACUGACAUUUAGUCUAGUGCCGUUUUUGGUUGCAGUCGUGCGACGGACAGUUACCGGAUAAAAAAGAAUUUAUAAUAUAUAUAUUGAAAAUUUAAUAAUUCAAAGAGAGAGAGCAAAAAAAAAAAUAAAAGCAAAAAUUAACACACAUCAAUGAUCGUUAAAAGUUUUUAAUUUAAUUUAAUUUAAUUAAAAUAUAAAAGAAAAUUUUCGCAAAUAAAAACGUUUCAUUUUAACGUUAUCUUAUACAACAAAACAACAACAAAAAGUGCUAAAUCAAUACGGCGAACGUAACAAUUGUGCAUAGAUUAAUAUUAUCGCCGUUCGAAAGCGCAGUUUGACGACAUUUAUACUCGCAUAUACGCCGGCUAUCAACAACCGAAAUUAUUCAAACAUACUAUAUGUAUAUAAAAUAUAAAUUAUAUGUAAUUGUGGUUAGCGGCAAGCAGUAGAGAGAGAGGCGCUUUUGUAAAAAGUAUAAUCAUAUUUUUAUUGUUUUUGUAAUUUUUUUUUGUUAUAAAUUAUUACUAAGUUAAUUUUUUUUUUGUUUUUUGGUGUUGAUAAAAAUUACAAGCGUGACACAUUUAGCACGAGUGCGCGCCUGUUUGUGUGUGUGUUUGUUCGUAGGCAUGCUGGCAUUUUGCCCUUUACGGUUCCGUGCAACAACAACAACAACAACAGCAAAAAAGCUACUAAUUAAGGCGAAACCCUAUGCGCUAAUUGCAGUGAAAUUUUUAAUUAAAUAAUAAGUGAAAUUAUAUAUGGAAACUAAGUGUGAAUGUUGUAGUGUUGGUGAAGAAAACGAGAAAAAACAAUAAGCAAGUAAAACGCAAAACGAAAUACUGAAGGAGAGAAUGAAAAAAAGAGAAUCUUUGUUAAGAAAAUAUAACAUUUUUCUAACGAUCAAACAAAUAUCAGACAAUUAAAAUUUAUUAAAUAUAUAGCAGAAGUGUCAAAAAAAAUAAAUAAAUAUAAGUGCUAAAGAGGCGGUCCAACGUGAACGAACGCCCGCUUGACGACCCUUGAUAACGUACCACGGUUAAACUCUGUGCCAAUUACGUUAAGUUCGGCGCUAGAAGCACCAACUUACAUAAAAGACAGCUAUAAAGCUACAUAAAAAAGCAACAAGAAAAAAACAACAACAACAAUAAAAAUGGAAGGAUUUUAUGAUGGCGAUUUGAAAGAUAUAUGGGAUUCCGAUUUAGAUCCGACGGAAUCUCUGAAAAUUUCCACAGAAGCGGAUCUACAUGAUUGGUUUAUGGAACGUGAUAUGAAGGAUCCGGCUGUUAUGAUACUAAAUGAUAAACUGAUGUCAGAUGCGCUAUUUAAUUUGCAGCCAAUUAAGUCGGAACAUUCAUAUAGUUUAAAUAGUGAUGGCGAUUCAUUGCCAGAUUCACCACAUAGCCUGCAAACGAAAAUGGAUGAUAUGGAAGACGAAUGCUAUCCCGCAAUUUCGCUGAAAACCGCAACUAGCAACACAGCACGCUCGCGGCACGAUGUAGAUAUUACACACAGUGUUGACCCCAAGUGUCUGGCCAUAUCGGUGGACUGUGACGUAACGCCCAUGGAAUUGGCUACACUAGAGCCCAGCAGUCACACUAGCAAGUUGGCCAACAACACAUUGCUCACCACCGCCGCUACCUCCAGCACACCCACAAUAACUGGCACACUAAGCAUACCCGCCAGCACAGCCACCGGCAGUGGUAUACUCACUGCGAGCACCACUACCCGCCAAUCUGCUACAGCGUUGCCUUUGCGCUACACACAUGCCGGCAUCUAUGCCAGCCUCAGCAAAAUCAACACCACCGCACCGAUGACAUUCAAUCUGCGCACCGCUGAAACGUCCAGUGGCACCAGCAGCAGCAGUUGUAGUUCUGGUUAUGGCGGCAGCAACACUACGACAAUUACACUAAGCAAGCCCGUCGCUACACAGCAACUGCAACCGCAACAACAGUCACACCUCCAACAGUACCUACCUCAGGCGGCAGCGGUGAGCACAGUUUUUGAACAGCGUAGCUGUCGUACGCCAUCAACGGCACGCGAAGGUAGCUCUUCGCCAGACAUCUGCUCGGACAUCGAAAUCGAUGAGUCGGCCAUCAAGGAUGAGCCCAUGUCGCCCGAUUCCAGUUGCCCGCCCAGCCCCAACUCGCCCGAAUGCAUAACAAUGGCGAAAAUCUCAAAAUUAACCGCGCGCACCAGCUCCGAUCUCGUCUAUGCGCACAAGAACGUUUGCCUACAACUCACACCCGCCUCACAGAGCUUACUCAAAGCACAACAACUCGGCUUGAAUACCGCCAAUAAUGGUCAAAGCAUUGUAAUGCCCAAAUUGAAUAUUAAAUCGGAGACUAGUUAUAAUGGCGUUGGUGCCUCUGUCAAGCAUAACGGUCAAUAUGGUCUGCCAUUGACACCGCCCUCCUGCUCAUCGAGUGAUGGUGAUUCCGAAGGUAAUUUAACACCGGAACAUUUACUAUCACCACUUUCGCCAAACACUUCAGUUUCUAUAUCUGUGGCCAACCCUGCAGUCAUUACACCCGUUGCCUUGCACGCCGCCAAUGUGCGCCGUAGUGCCAGUAGCAGCAGCUCAUCAUCGCCAUCAUCCGCCUCGUCAUCGACAUCGUCACUGCAUGCAGCCGGUCGACAUGCAUCUGGUGGCAAUAGCGGUUCCACGCGUCAGCCGAUACAUACCCCGCUCAUCAGCUCGCAGCCGAAAGGUUCAACUGGCUUGCUUAUUCUAACCGAGGAAGAGAAGCGUACACUGCAAGCAGAAGGUUAUCCAAUCCCGCAAAAGCUACCACUUACCAAAGCUGAGGAGAAGUCGCUCAAGAAGAUCCGAAGAAAAAUCAAAAAUAAGAUUUCUGCACAAGAGAGUCGACGCAAAAAGAAGGAAUAUAUGGAUCAAUUAGAGCGUCGCGUCGAAAUACUUGUCAAUGAGAAUAAUGAGCAGCGUAAACGUUGUGAGGCGCUGGAGCACACGAACGACAGUCUACUAAGUCAAUUGAACAAAUUGCAAGCGAUGCUAAACAAACAGAACAGCAAGAAGAACGCUUAAGCGGUUGUAGAGAGCAGGAGAAGGGCAUAAAAAAUGGAAACAUUUUUUUUUUCAAAAAAGCAUGCUGCUGCUAUUGCUACGCUGAGAAGGAAAUGAAUUUAUAGAGCUACAGCCAAUUAAGAGGAUGCUAAAAAUUAAUAGAAAUGUAGCAGAAUUGGUGAAGAAAUAAUUUUUUUUCUGAUUUUUUUUUUAUAAAAAAUAAAUAUAAAACUAAGUGUUAGACGCGUGAAUGUGUACGUUUUAAGCUGAAAUAUCUAGUUUUAGUAGUCGACAUAUUUUAUGAGAUAUUUACACUGAUUGAAGGUAGCAUUUUUUAUGUAAUAUGUAUAUAUACUUUAUACUAUAUAUAUAUGUAUUUGCUUUUUAUGAGAAUAUUUAAAUGUAUGCAGCAUUUGUUAUACAUAAUUAAAAUAUAUAAUAUAUAACAAUGCAACAUAUUUACAUGUACUUAGUGUGUAAGUGUACGGGCUGGACAGGCUGUUAAACAGAUUUUAUAUAAGUAUACACACACACAUACAUACAGAAAUACUGUAUUAUUGUAUAAUAAAAUAUAGCAAACAAUGUGCAUUUCGUAUUGUAGAUCAAUACUAUAUUUACAUGAAAAGUAACAAAAAACGAAUUUUGACCAAAAAAUUACUUAAUGCAACAUUUAAUAUACAUACAUAUAUACUAUAUAAAAAACACACGCAUACAUACUACAAAGUACCAUUUAUAUAUACAUAUAAACCACUUAAAGUGCUUUACUUAGCAAGCAUAAACGGAGUUAUAUAGUUUAAUUAAUUGUAUAGUAGUAGUUGAAGAAGAUAAAGUCCAGCCUCACAGUCCAUGCCAAUUUCGAAAUCCAUCUAGUAGUGUAGUCCAAGUCCAAGUUUUAUAUUAACAAUUACAUACAUACAUACAUAUAUAAUUAAAUAAUUAAAUUAAUUUGUAAAUAUAAAAUAUUAACAAAAAUUUAGCAGCAUUCCACUAUUUUAAUUAAAUAUUUUUUUUAAUUAAAAAUAUAAAAAUUAAUUAUAAUAAAAAAAUUAAAUGUAAUUAUUUUUUGUAUGUAAAAAAAUCAUAAAAAUUAGAUAUAUAUAAUUUACUGCACAAUAUUUGUAAAUUUAUUUUUUUUUUUAAUUUUUUUUACUUUUAAGCGCUAGCUCACCUACAUAUGCUUUCACUUAUGCGCAACAACACAAACUUUGUUUAAAUAAAAAACAAGCGUUACUUCCAAAAAUUCCAAAAAAAGCUUUCAAAAGCUUCACGUUUAAGUUACUAAGCUUAACAGACCUACAAUAUAUACUAUAUAUCAGCCACAUGUGAAUUUUUAGUAAUUAUACUUUAAGUGCAAUUAAUAUUUGAUUUUCUGUGUAAUAAUAGCUUUUAGCUAUAAUAAAAUUAUAGCAAUAAAAUUAUUUGCUAUUUUUACGUAUUAAAAUGCAAAUAAUAACAACUAAAUUAAAAAUUACUUUAAUUACGGUAAAUAAUUUUAAUUUUUCCACGAUUCUGUAAACAAAAUAUGCAAUAUGUAUUUUAAAAAUAUUUUUUAUAGCACUUUUUCCGCUUGCAUGACAUUUUGUGCUUAAAGCUCGCAACAGCAAUUUAACGUACUUCCACUAAAAUUAAUUAAUUUAAUAUAAUUGUUUUUAAUUAUGAUAUAAAUUAGCACUAUUUACGGUUAUUUUUUAUGUUCACAUAUAAAUACUAUAACAACAACAUGAAAGCUUACAUUUUUAAGUCUAAUUUCUGUCGUUAAUUUUCAUUAAAGCGAUUUCAUAAACAAAUAACUUUCAACUGAAAGUGACAACAACAACAAUACAUAUAUCUUUGCCUCGCUUUAUGCCAAUAUAAUAGACAUACAUAAUACUAAAUGCAAUAAAAUAUUUAAGCAACACGUUUAACAUUCGCAAAAGUCAAAGUUGUAGUUGAAAUUUAGUCAGCACAAAAAAUUAUAAUAAUAUUUGCAUGUAUAAAACAACAAUCACAAGAAUAUUAUGUUUUAAUAAUAUUUAUUGCUUCCAAUUUGUAUUAGAAAUAUUUUAUAUAUUUUUAGUAUCACUGAAGAGGCAAGUUUUCAGGCUUUUUGGUUUAGAAAAACUAUCAGAGUUAUAACAAUAGGAAGGCAGCAUACCACAUGCGACAAAUGAGUGAGAGAAAUAGAUGUGAAAGCUCAAAAGCUUAAAAAAUAAAUGUGAAAGCUCAAAAAUUUGCACGAAACUCAAAAGCUUUCACGAGACCCAAAAGUUUUCACGUAGUUAAAAAGCUUCAACAAAGCUCAAAAGCUUACAUGAAGCUAAAAAGCUUUCCAUUUCACGAAAAUAAAAAGCUUUCACGAAACUCAAAAGCUUUCAAGAAGCUCAAAAUCUUUCGCGAAACUGGAAGGAUUUCACUACGCUUAAAAGCUUUCAGGAAACUCAAAAGGUUUCGUAAAAAUCAAAAGCUUUCACUAAAUACAAAAACUUUCACGAGUUUUCUCUAAACUCAAAGGCUUUCACGAACCACAAAUGCUUUCACUGAGCUAAAAACCUUUCACGAAAGUUUAAAAAUUCCAUUUUGUCAUUCGAAAAUCAAAUAUGUAUGGAAAAGUUAUGCUGCCUUAACCACCAUUAAGUUUAUAUAAUAC